AUGACCGAAAAACAGCCUGACGCAUCAGAGACUGCUGAUGCUUCUUCUUCUUCCCAUGUCAAAUGCGAAGUCAAAACAUGGCAUCUGCUCCAAAAGGAAGAUGGAACCGAGGAGAAGACAUCUGUCGAAGGCUUUGGCCACGUCGAGCCCUCGACAGAUCACUUCGCACUAGCCGUGACUCGAAAAAUGGAUAAGAAUCGCAAACUCGAGUCGACUACGCUGGAUGUCAAUUCUCCUUACAUCCUCAAAGCAUUCCGAGAUGUCGUCAAGUCACACCCAACCAUUCCUUCGGACUUUACAUCGUCGGUGUCUAUUCCUAUUCCCUCGGAAAUGCUGUUUCACCACUGGGAUGGCUUGCAGAGCUACUGUGAUGAUCUGGGAGACGAUACGGCCCGCUCGCAUCUCGCGCUAUUGCUCAAAUUUAUGGACUUUGAUAUGGGUGCCGCGAGAAAGAAUUAUACGGCACAGGUACGCAGCGGCCUUGUCGAAUUUGCUAGACUGGGCAUACUCUUCCGACCAGGCGAUACCGUGGUCACCUAUGUCAAGGCUCACCCCUGGCUGCUCAAAGUAGACAAGACUGCCUACGAAACACACGACAAACGAGGCAAGUACUGCGAAAUCCAGUGUUCGUUUUCCGACUACGAUGGCGAAAAGUAUGGUGUUUCCAAGCACGUGUUUCGUAUUUAUCAGAAGGAAGAUUUUGGCUCUGAUCACCCGUCCAAGAUUUUGGAACUUAAAGUGUUUCCGAGAGUGUGUGCGCCUGAUGAUAAGGAUUUGGAGGCUAGGUUGAGGGAAAGAGGGCAAUUGUUCUUGUCUAUUACGGGUGUUAUGGUGAGGCAAUAUGAUGGCCCGGCUCAGUAUCUCAAGUUGCCGCCUUUGUCGUUUUUCCAUCCUGACGAAGAUGACUGGAAGCAACUCUGGAUGCCGUUUACGGAAACAGGAAGGGUCAUCAUUGACCGCAAGACCUUUGAGCAAGACCACCCCAGCGGCAUCAUCAGCAAGCGACCCUUGGAAUCUCUAGACACUGCCCUGUGUCCCNCCUAUGUUCUCGGAUUCUCCUGCAGCCGCAAAGACUGGUGCCGUUUCUACGUCACCUCUCUCUCAGAAGUACCCUGGAAAUCCCACGCCUUUGACGAACUCAUUCUCCCCAAAAGCCAACUAAACCUCGUCCGCGCCCUGGUAACCUCCCACACCUUCCCCACCUCCGCCCGCGACGAAGGCCAGCAAAAAGGAAAAGGACUCGUGUGUCUGUUGCAUGGCCCUCCCGGCUCAGGUAAAACACUCACCGCCGAAUGCGCAGCCGAAACCACGCAANAGGCACUCAUUCGCGCCUCCAUCAGCGAGCUAAACAAACACGACUCACCCUGGUUUUUCGAGUACGAGUUGACUCGCGUGCUGCGUCUAGCCACAACCUGGAAAGCCAUCGUGUUGCUCGACGAAGCAGAUGUAUUUCUCGAAGCCCGCGGUGACGAUUCCCACGACGCGAGUAACAGAAACGCCUUAGUCGCCGUCUUCCUCCGCCAUCUCGAGUACUUUUCCGGCAUUUGUUUUUUGACAACCAAUCGCAUUGCAGUCUUUGAUGCAGCGAUGAAGUCGCGCGUGCACUUGGCAUUGGGAUAUUUAGAACCUAACAAAGAAGCCCGUGGCCUGAUCUGGAAGCAGAGUUUGGAUAAGAAAGAAGCAUUGCUGUUGGAUGACAGCGGUAAAGAAGUUGCUGUUGAUGACGCUGCGGAACUGAUGUCGACAGAAGCUUUGAACGGUAGAGAGAUUUCUAAUGCCAUUCACACGGCAAGCACUCUGGCGAGAUAUGCUGGCGAGCCAUUGGCGCUGAGUCAUAUCAAUGAGGUUCUUGGUGUAAAGAGGGACUUUGAAGUUACUUUGGAGAAGAUGAGGAAGGAUACUCUGGGUCAUGCACCGAUCAAGCAUAACUCGAUCAUUGACUGA